CUAGCAGUCAGCCUCAGGCGCAACGAGAUUACUCAUACAUCAAUGAUAACUCCACAUGCAUAGAUCUCUUUUCGAAUACGCCCUUUUCUCCGUUUGCUAUACCCAAGACAAAUUGAAAAAAAGACAACGAGAGCAGCCAACCCACCAUGGCCCCUCCACCGCCUCCCCCAGCAGACUUCACACUAGAGCCAGCCCUGUCAGGCUACGACAUGCUCAUCCACGACUACCUCUCCAGGCUGAACGACAACCCCACAGUAAAGCUAGAAGGCCUGGCCACCGGCGCCGUCAUCUUCAGCACGCACCACCCAGCAGGCCAGCCAGACCGGGUGCUGCUCGUGCAGCGCGCGCCGCACGACUCGAUGCCCAACAGGUGUGGGAGGAGAGCGGGCUCGAGGUGCGGCGCUUCGUCGCGUGCGUCGGCGACGGCGAGGGCCUGCGGGCGGGCGCCGUGUUCCGCACCACGCGCGGCUGGCUCAUCUUCAAGCUUACGUUUGUCGUCGAGGUGCGGGACUCGUCUGCCGUGAGGCUCGACCCCAACGAGCACCAGGACUACGUCUGGGCCACGGAGGAGGAGUGCCGGGCCGGGCUGGUCGGGAGGUCUGCCGAGGGGAAGGGGCCGGCCGAGUUGGUUUUCACGACUGACGCGCAGCGGGAGUCUAUCAUGAGGGCUUUUGGGAUCCGCAGGAAGGGUCGUGGGCAGUGAGAAGUGAUGUUACAGAAAGGCUCCGUCUCAUAUCAGUAGCCCAAGAGCUGUAAAGAUUUCAUGGCUGGCCGUGAUCCCAACCACUCACAAAUUUAUCGACUCGGACUUUUGCUCUAGAUAGACAAUAACAGAAUAGACCCCGACAUUUUGCGACACCAGGGGUUUACAAGGUACCUAGUUAUUGUGCAGCGAAACUCGUUUAUCAAUGCUACGGAUGGAGAAAGGCAUGCAACAUACCCCAUCGUUCUUAUGCAGAUAGCAUGACUGAG